AAUUAACAUGCAUUACUGAUCAAUUUAAUAAAUGACAAAAAAAAAUAUAUUAUCUUCAAGUCCACUACCCAAUUACAUUUCAAGUUUAUUUUGCACAGAUAGUAACCAAAUCAAAAAGAAGAAGAAAAGACUUUUUUCGUUAUAAAAGAAAAAGAAAAGACGUUUACUAUGGUGAAUAUCAGGACAUAAAAAAUUGGAAGCGGGAGGGGAGGGGAGACCAGGUCAAAUUACUAUUUCAUGAAACCCGUAAUCGUGAGGUUCAGCAGGAAGGAAACAAAAUGGGGAGCCAAGACGGUUCUCCCACCCACCUGUUGAUCUGUUCAUCACUCAACCCUGCAAUAACUCCGGAUCCGCUUGCUUCAUCACCUUCCAUGUUAACAAUUUUAUUACAUAUCACCAAUGGUUCUCACUUGUGAUUCUCAUUGCAAAGAUGGCUCAACUCCACAGAUCAUAUGCUCCUGCUGAUGCUUCCAAAUCUCCUGCUCCUACCGUCGAGCAACUUCUCCGAGGAGGAGAACCCUCCAGGGGGUCGCCGUCCUCCUCAUCCUCCGACAGGUCCAAGCACUGGGACCCCCAGGAAGAUCACAGCCACCAUCAGAAGAAAUCAGUUCUCACUAAAGUCAAAGAGAAGGCCAAGAAAUUGCGCCACAGUCUCAGCAAGAAGAAGCACGACGAUAACGCCAUUCCCUCGCUAGUAGAAGAUGAGGAUGCUGAAGAUACGGAAUACCUCGGAGCUCCCACCCUUUCAGUGUAUGAAUCGGAGCUGGCCCCUGAACAAUACAAGGAAAAAGCGAUGCAGCAUCCAAGGGCAAAUGCAAUCACCGAGAAGCACGUAAUGCUGGGUUCCGUCAAAUCUGGAGCUGAAGGAGAGAGAGAGACGCCUCUCAGUCCUUCCAAGUCCAAGAGAAUACCAGCCCAAACUCCCGGUCCGAGCAAGGCUAAACCUGUUUACACAGCAACCCAUUCCUUCCCCUCCAAGUUUCUGGGCCUUUCAGUUGAACCCCCGGAGCGAGAAACUUCAUCGGCCCCGACAACUUCUCGGAAAGUUUCUUCGGCUAUGUCUUCUCCGAAAACUCCCAGAGACAAGACCGCCGCCUCUAAAGCUUUUUUCGACGCCUCAGUGCUUCCACAUGCUUCAUCUGCUCCCGCGACUCCACAAGCUUCUGCGCGUAACGGCUACAGUGACCAAAUAUGGGAUAAGGGUGUUUCGGUGAAAGAGUAUUUGAUGAACAAGUUGGAACCGGGGGAAGAUGACAGAGCUCUGUCUCAGGUGAUAUCUGAAGCAAUGAGUCCUAAAAGAAACCCUGAAGAUAAAGGUGUGAUGGAGAAGGUCAGAGAUGCCGUCACUUCUUUGCUCCGAAAUGAUGAACCCUCACAACAUGCAGUCCAAACUCCUGUCACGCAAACUUCAGCUGAAAUCCCAGUCUCUACCAAUGCUUAUGAAGUUGGUCAGCAGGCAUGCCCGGGCAGAAUUCUUCAGGCCAAUUGAAGGUUCCCAUAAGAUUUCUUUUCUGCAUUUGUGUGUAUCCAUUCAGUAUUUUUUAUUGGCAUUUUUGAAUAUGCAUCUAAUACUUAGAUCCUAAAUAUCAUUUAUCAAGUUUCUAUUUUUACA